AUGUGGAACGACGAAGACAACAACCCCUAUGGGUCCUUUGAUCGUCACUCGGAAGCCGUUAAUGAUCAUUUCCAUGGCUCACCUGGAUCUACCACCUUCGACCCACCCUCCACCCCUCAGUCUUCAGCCUCAACUUUAGAUCACCCCCCAGAUUAUGUAUCGCGGUUAGAUAGCCCUAGCCCCGAUGUUGCAGACCCAGACGAGGGGAGGAGAUAUGCGCAUUCCGAACAAAGUCAAGGAUACCCUCGAAACAAAGGGGUCUAUCAAAGCCGAAUAGAACAGAUACUCUACGAGAAUCCAGAGCUUCCAAUUCUCAUUACGGAUGCGGGUAAAAACCACGAGAGCGGAGGCAGCUUCAUUGUGUAUACUAUACGGACAGGGGAUCUGGAAGUUCGACGUCGAUACUCUGAAUUUAGUUCCCUCCGCGCCACCCUCAUUAAUCUUCAUCCUACCCUCAUCAUACCUCCAAUUCCCGAGAAACAUACAAUGGCAGAUUAUGCGGCGAAACCCACCAAGGCUAAGGAGGAUACCUCCAUCAUUGAUUUGCGAAAACGCAUGUUGGCUGUCUUCCUUAACCGAUGUCGGAGGAUGAAGGAGAUUCGGGAGGAUGGAGUGUGGUGGAGGUUUCUGGAUCCAAAUGCAAGUUGGAACGAAGUGCUUCAUUCGCACCCCGCCUCCUCUGUUCCCAAGAACAAUCUGAAAGCGCCUCCGCUUGACCCAGCAAACCCGCAACCUGCGCAUGCCUGGCUUCCAGUUCCGUCGUCUUCUGCCAAAUUGAAGUUUUCUGUCGUCAUGUCUCCACCUUCUUUAGAUAAUGUUACGUCCUCAGGUCCAGGGAACGGGUCCUUCCUAAGCCGAUUCCCUCCAACAUCCCGCAAUCUAAGUGAAGAAGAUCUAGAUCCAUACUUUGUGAAUUUCGAGGUGUCAACCCGUGAGCUUGAACUGCUCUUGCAAGGAAAUAUUGAAAAGGUCAACCGGCGCACCUUGACGCAUCUUUCGUCACUUUCGGCUGAUCUAAUGGAACUUGGGGCUCGAUACAAUGGAUUCUCACUCUCCGAGCCUUCCGCAACUGUUGCUGCUGCUAUCGAACGAAUUGGUCAGGCUGCGGACACCUCUUAUAUUGAGACGGAGGAACUAUCUGCAACCCUUGGCGCGACAUUUGCGGAACCAAUGAGGGAGAGCGCACAAUUUGCCGGCGUCGUCCGUAACGUUUUGCGCUACCGGAUCUUAAAACGAAUCCAACAAGAAAUGACGCGGGACGAGCUCAGUAAGAAAAGAGCAUUACUGGAUUCUCUAGAACGAAGCGAGCUGGAGGCCAAACGGAUCGAGCAGUAUCUUAACCGCACAGGUAGUAGCACUACACCCGCAACAUUUAAAAGAUCAUUAUCGGACUCCUCUGCACCCAGCACCCCUGAAUCGGGACCUGCUGAAGGAGCUCGAGCGAGUCCAGCGGAAGAUACCGCCUCCAUCGACUCAGAUUUCCCAUCAGGGGGAGGAGACUCUCCACAUCCAUCUGCAUCGCAGGGCCUACCUCAGAGGACAGCGGAACCUCCCACAGCAACACCGCCAAGUCACCGUAAAACCUCGAGCGGCAAUUUCGUGACAAAUAAGAUAUUUGGGCGAAUUAGCCAUGCGGUACAUGGGUUUGUUGAUGUUGACCCGGAGAGGACACGGCGAGAUCAGAUUGGGAAGACAAAGGAGAUCUUAUUGCAGUUGGAGCAAGCACUCGAAGUAUCCGAGAAAGACGUGAAGGAUGCCAGUUCCGGGGUCUUGCAAGAUCUAAAGCGAUUCCAGAAGGAAAAGGAAAACGAUCUGCGGCGGUACAUGGUAUCAUACGCCCGCUGCCACCUUGACUGGGCGCGCAAGAACCUUGAGACAUGGACUGAGGCGAGGGAAGAAGUGGACAAGAUAGUAAUCCACUGA